AUGUUAGCGGUGGGGGCGAUGGAGGGCAGCCGGCAGAGCGCGUUCCUGCUCAGCAGCCCGCCCCUGGCCGCCCUGCACAGCAUGGCGGAGAUGAAGACCCCGCUGUAUCCCCCCGCCUACGCCCAGCUGCCCCCGGGGCCCCUCUCCUCUUCGUCUUCAUCCUCUUCUUCCUCCUCCUCGUCACCCUCCCCGCCUUUGGGCUCCCACAACCCAGGUGGCCUGAAGCCCCCGGGCGCAGGGGGCCUCUCCUCCCUGGGCAGCCCCCCGCAGCAGCUCUCGGCCGCCACCCCGCACGGCAUCAACGACAUCCUGAGCCGGCCCUCCAUGCCCGUCGCCUCGGGGGCUGCCCUGCCCUCGGCCUCGCCCUCCGGCUCCUCCUCCUCUCCCAGCGCCGCGGCCGUGGCCGCCGUGGGCCGUUAUCCCAAGCCGCUGGCCGAGCUGCCCGGCCGGACGCCCAUCUUCUGGCCCGGAGUGAUGCAGAGCCCGCCCUGGAGGGACGCACGCCUGGCCUGCACCCCCCAUCAAGGAUCCAUUUUGUUGGACAAAGACGGGAAGAGGAAACACACCAGACCCACCUUCUCUGGCCAGCAGAUUUUCGCUCUGGAGAAGACUUUCGAACAGACAAAAUACUUGGCGGGGCCGGAGAGGGCUCGCCUGGCCUAUUCGCUGGGGAUGACAGAAAGCCAGGUCAAGGUUUGGUUUCAGAACCGCCGCACCAAGUGGAGGAAGAAGCACGCGGCCGAGAUGGCCACGGCCAAGAAAAAACAGGACUCGGAGACCGAGCGGCUCAAGGGGACCUCGGAGAACGAAGAGGAGGACGACGACUACAACAAGCCCCUGGACCCCAACUCGGACGACGAGAAGAUCACGCAGCUGCUGAAGAAGCACAAGCCGGGCGGCGGCGGCGCGCUCCUGCUGCACUCGUCGGAGAACGAAGGUUCGUCCUGA